AUGUCUCAUUUAUGCUAUAAUUGCCUUUCUUCAAAUCACGGAGUUAAGGAAUGCAAGAGUCGUUUUGGCUGUAGGAACUGCAGUCAAAGACACCACACUUUGCUACAUAAGGGAACGGAAACCCAACUUGCAAUACAACCCCUAGAUAGAGAUGAAGCACGCCCUAGUACAAGUGCUGCAGCUCUUACCACACUUAUACAGUCCACAUCGAAUAAAGAACCAGAAAAUAUUACCACAUUAACUCUGCAGGAUAAAGGAAAUAAUCCCACAAAUCCCAGAGACACAUUACUUUUCACCGCAAUCGUACAAAUAGAAGCAAACGGCCAGUUUUAUAAUGCAAGAGCAAUUAUUGAUUCUGGAUCUCAGUCAUCUUUUAUAACGGAAAAAUUGAAGAAUCGAUUGAAUUUACCAACAAAGCGAAAUCUCGUACAUGUUACAGGAAUCAAUCAAAUUAUUUCGGAGACUUCUGCUAAAUCAUGCCUUUUUACAUUACGUUCAAGAUUAGAACCCAACUUUAAAUUGGAAGUUUGGGCACCUGUAUUAAAGUCAUUACCCUCAAAUUUACCACCUUAUAACUUGGAUAAAACUCAACUGAGAGAUGCUUCAACUUUGGAUUUAGCAGACCCUAAAUUUUAUAUAAGCCAACCAGUAGAUCUUCUAAUUGGAAUGGAUAUUAGCCCACUUAUAUUUACAAUGGGAGCUCCUAUGAAGUCAAUUGGAAGUUUGCUGGCACAAAAAACUGUUUUUGGAUGGAUUAUUGGCGGACCAUUAGCAGAUGGUACACAAAAUAAGAGACAAAUUACACUUUGCAAUACUAUUUCAUUGGAGAAAAUACUCACACGUUUUUGGGAGGUGGAAGAGACCCCAAAACAGGUUUUGAGGUCAGAAGAGGAUGUGUACUGCGAACAAAAUUACAUCGAAACCACAAAAAGAAAUCAAGAUGGCCGAUACAUUGUUACCCUCCCCUUUAAAAAAUGUGAAGAACUUGGAGAUUCUAGAAAUAUUGCACUUGCUCAAUUUUAUAGGAUGGAAAGAAAACUUUGGAAAACACCUGAAAUCAAAGAAGUUUAUGACAAAACCAUCCUAGAAUAUCUCGAGUUGGGACACAUGAAGAAGAUUGCCCAAAAUGAUAUUAACAAAACUCCAAAUUACUAUUUACCUCAUCAUGCAGUUAUAAAACCUGAGAAAAUUACUUCGAAACUUAGAGUGGUUUUUAACGCAUCAAGUCCCACAUCAAACAAAAAGAGCUUGAAUGAUAAUUUAUUUGCGGGUCCAAUUUUACAACAAGAUAUUGUUUUGCAAGUUUUGAAAUGGAGAUUUUUUAGAUAUGUCUUCAACGCCGAUGUGACCAAAAUGUACCGGCAAAUAUUUUUAAACCCCAGCCAAACUCAAUUUCAAAGAAUUUUAUUCCGAAAAUCACCUUGUGAUCCAAUAGAGGACUAUGAAUUACUUACAGUCACUUUUGGAGUAAACUGUGCGCCGUUUUUGGCAUUGCGAACACUCAUGCAAUUGGCAGAAGACAUAAAAGAUAUGUACCCAUUAGCCUCAAAAAUUAUUUCGGAAAAUUUAUAUGUCGAUGAUGUGUUAGCUGGAGGACACACAUUAGAAGAAACUAUUAAAUCUCGAAAAGAACUUAUUGCUGCCAUGGAAUCUGCAGGAUUCGAGUUAAUGAAAUGGGCAGCAAAUGACUCACAAAUUAUUGAAGAUUUGUCAAAGGAAAAAUUGCUCCCACAACGGCAAGAACAGCAACCCCUUAAAUAUCAAAAACAACACUACCAACAGCAGCAACAACAUCAAUAUCAACAACAGCAUCAUCAAGAAAAGCAACCCCAUCAAUAUCACCAGCAACAAUAUCAACAAGACUAUCAACAGCAGCAACAUCAUCACGAUAGCUAUCAACACCAAUAUCAAUAG